ACCAUACACAUAUGGGAGGGAUGCAGUGACGAAUUUUUGGCAUAAAUACCACAACUCUGGACUCUAUAAUCAUCAGUUCAUUUCUGUACAGUCAUCAAAUAUUUUGACCAAAAACCAAAACAACAUUAAAAUGGCCGCUAAGUUCGUCAUCUUCGCCGCUUGCGUGGCUACCGCCCUCGCCCAAUACUCUGCCCCAGCUUACAAGCCAGCGUACUCCGCGCCCGCUUACUCAGCACCAAAGGCUUACGCCCCAGAGCCCGCAUACGCACCAACACCAUACAACUUCGAAUACAGCGUAAACGACCCACACACCUACGACGUGCACAGCCAAUCCGAAUACAGUGACGGAAACGGUUACGUCAAGGGAUCUUACAGCCUCGUCGAAGCCGACGGCUCAACCCGCACCGUCGAAUACACCGCCGAUGACCACAGCGGUUUCAACGCCGUCGUCAAGAACGAAGGUGGAUACAAGGCUCCAUCAUACUCCGCACCAGCCUACAAGCCAGCUUACUCAGCACCAGCUUACUCCGCACCAGCCUACAAGCCAGCUUACUCAGCACCAGCUUACUCUGCACCAGCUUACUCUGCACCAGCUUACUCUGCACCAGCCUACGCUGCACCAGCAUACUCUGCACCAGCCUACGCUGCACCAGCAUACUCUGCACCAGCCUACGCUGCACCAGCAUACUCUGCCCCGGCCUACAAGCCAGCUUACAAGCCAGCAUACUCAUCAAAUAUUUUGACCAAAAACCAAAACAACACUAAAAUGGCCGCUAAGUUCGUCAUCUUCGCCGCUUGCGUGGCUACCGCCCUCGCCCAAUACUCUGCCCCAGCUUACAAGCCAGCGUACUCCGCGCCCGCUUACUCAGCACCAAAGGCUUACGCCCCAGAGCCCGCAUACGCACCAACACCAUACAACUUCGAAUACAGCGUAAACGACCCACACACCUACGACGUGCACAGCCAAUCCGAAUACAGUGACGGAAACGGUUACGUCAAGGGAUCCUACAGCCUCGUCGAAGCCGAUGGCUCAACCCGCACCGUCGAAUACACCGCCGAUGACCACAGCGGUUUCAACGCCGUCGUCAAGAACGAAGGUGGAUACAAGGCCCCAUCAUACUCCGCACCAGCCUACAAGCCAGCUUACUCAGCACCAGCUUACUCUGCACCAGCCUACGCUGCACCAGCAUACUCUGCACCAGCAUACUCUGCACCAGCAUACUCUGCACCAGCAUACUCUGCUCCGGCCUACAAGCCAGCUUACAAACCAAACACUAAAAUGGCCGCUAAGUUUGUCAUCUUCGCCGCUUGCGUGGCUACCGCCCUCGCCCAAUACUCUGCCCCAGCUUACAAGCCAGCGUACUCCGCACCCGCUUACUCAGCACCAAAGGCUUACGCCCCAGAGCCCGCAUACGCACCAACACCAUACAACUUCGAAUACAGCGUAAACGACCCACACACCUACGACGUGCACAGCCAAUCCGAAUACAGUGACGGAAACGGUUACGUCAAGGGAUCCUACAGCCUCGUCGAAGCCGACGGCUCAAUCCGCACCGUCGAAUACACCGCCGAUGACCACAGCGGUUUCAACGCCGUCGUCAAGAACGAAGGUGGAUACAAGGCCCCAUCAUACUCCGCACCAGCCUACAAGCCAGCUUACUCUGCACCAGCUUACUCUGCACCAGCAUACUCUGCCCCGGCCUACAAGCCAGCUUACAAGCCAGCAUACUAAAUUAUUUAGCCAUGUGAAUCAACCUUUCUUCUUCUUUUAUUUAAUGUUUUCUUCGUGUACCUCUCUGAGCCAUCGCGUUCAUAUUGAACCGUGGUUUCAAAGUCAUACCAUGUCGUAUUAAUAUAUAAAAAAAUUGGUACGACUUAUGUAUUUAUUUUGCAAAUAUAUAUAACACUGUGUAUAUUUAUUGAA